AUGAAGUUUGAGAUUUCUUCCGCCCGUGCCGUUGCACUUGUCGCUCUCUUUGCAAGCGUCGAAGCCGCCCACCAUGGACAUUACCAUGGCCACCAUGAACCUCGUACAGUCCCAGAGAAUACGAUCCUCCAGAAGAAGAGUGGACAGUGCGAGUUCCCUAGUGAUGCCGGAUUGAUUGCUGUCACUCCCAGUGAGCAGAAUGCAGGAUGGGCUAUGAGCCCUAACCAGCCCUGUGAGCCUGGCAACUACUGUCCCUAUGCUUGCCCUCCUGGUCAAGUCUCAAUGCAGUGGGACCCUGAAGCUACUUCUUACAGUUACCCUAUGUCUAUGAAUGGCGGCCUAUACUGUGACGAAAAUGGCGAUAUUCAGAAGCCAUUCCCAAGCAAACCCUACUGUGAAGAUGGUACCGGAUUCGUCUCCGCCAUCAACAAGGCUAGCCAGGCUGUCUCUUUCUGUCAGACCGUGCUGCCUGGAAAUGAGGCCAUGCUGAUCCCAACCCUGGUCGAGGAACUUGCUACUCUUGCUGUUCCUGGAAUGUCAUACUGGUGCUCUACCGCUGCUCAGUUCUAUAUCAAUGCUCCCGGUAUCAGCGUCGAGGAAGGUUGUAUCUGGGGAACCAGUGAUAAUCCUGUCGGUAACUGGUCUCCUUACACUGCCGGUGCUAACACUGAUGGCGAGGGCAACACCUACGUCAAGAUUGGUUGGAACCCUAUUUACCUGGAACCCACCACCCCGUUCCGUGAUGUCAAGCCCGAGUUCGGUAUCGAAAUUGAGUGCGAUGGUGACGACUGCGAAGGUCUUCCUUGCCGUAUCGACCCAUCCACCAUGGGUGUUAAUGAGAUGAGCGCUCCUGAUGUUUUCACUGGCGCCGGUGGUGCUACCGGGUGUGUCGUAACUGCUUCCAACGGCUCCAAGGCAAACAUCGUUGUCUUUGAGCUGGGUGGCAGUGACUCUAGUGACUCUAGUUUCAGCGAGACUGUUUCCGUUCCCACCAGCACCGUUGCCCCCUCCAGUACCAUUAUCAGCACUAGCACCAGUACCAGCAGCUCAACCUCAAUCUCAACCUCGACUUCUACCUCCACUCCUACUUCAACACCGACUACUACCAGCACCACUGAAACUCCUACUACCUCUAGCACCUCCACUGCUACUCCUACUUCUUCAGCCUCCUCAACCUCUACUCAUACAUAUGCCCCUACCUUUACCGCUACUCCCACCUCUUUCCGCUACUCGAGCAUCAAGCUUCCCAUGUCCAGCCCUGGAAGCUACACAUACCGCCCACAAGUGUUCAACCCAAGUGGCGAUGCCGAGAUCUCUUCGACUGGAUCUGCCACUGGUAGUGCCUCGCCCGCCUCGACUUCCACCACAGCCAAUGGUGCCUCUAGCGCUGUUAUCUCCAUGAUCAGCAUGGUCUUCGGCGCUGUCGUUGCUCUGGCCAUUCAAUUCUAA